AUGGGGAAAAAAAAGAGAGCUAGGGUUUCUGAGCAAAAGCAAGCACGAGAAGUCGAGGAAGAAGAAGAACAACAGCAAAGCGACGAGGAUCACAACCCCACUUCCACCAACGAGAAGACCCUCUACGAGGUUCUUGGCGUCGAUAGAAGCGCCUCUCAACAGGAAAUAAAGAAGGCGUAUUAUAAGUUAGCGUUACGACUCCAUCCUGAUAAAAAUCCGGGCGAUGAGGAAGCUAAAGAGAAGUUUCAGCAAUUGCAAAAAGUGAUAUCAAUUCUUGGGGAUGAGGAGAAACGAGCACUCUAUGACCAGACUGGUUGUAUUGACGAUGAUGACCUUGCUGGUGAUGUUGUUCAAAAUCUGCGUGAAUAUUUCCGAGUACUAUAUAAAAAGGUCACUGAAGCUGAUAUUGAAGAGUUUGAAGCAAACUAUAGAGGAUCCGAUUCAGAGAAGAAAGAUUUGAUUGAUCUGUAUAGCAAGUACAAGGGUAAUAUGAACAGACUCUUCUGUUCAAUGCUUUGUUCAGACCCUAAACUUGAUUCACACCGUUUCAAGGAUAUUCUUGAUGAGGCAAUAGCUGCAGGAGAACUGAAAUCAACCAAAGCCUACACGAAAUGGGCAAAGAAAGUAUCUGAAGCAAAACCUCCUACUAGCCCUCUAAGGAGGAAGGACAAACCAAAGAAACAGUCAGAGGAUCUGUAUGCAAUCAUAUCUCAGCGCCGAAAUGAGAGGAAAAACCAGUUUGAUUCAAUGUUCUCUUCUCUAAUUUCCAAAUACGGCGGGAGUAGUGCUGCUUCAGAACCCUCAGAAGAAGAAUUUGAGGCAACACAGAAAAAACUUGAAAGGAAAAUGUCCUCCAGAAAAUCAAAGCACAAGUAA